AUGUAUGUAUUUGUAAGAGCUGUUGACAUGUCACUUUCCUCAAUUCGAUACAGAGAGGCCAAAGAUGAUUAUGACACAUUGCAUACAACUCCCCAAUUAGGGAAAACAAGCUUCUCUCAAAUUGAGAAGUACCUAUCUAACGUGUACACAAGGAACAUGUAUUACAAAGUCCAAAAGGAGAUGGUUAAGGAGGCAAGAUACUUGAAGGAAAGCAAGAUUAAGACUGAUAAUGGAACUUUGUUGGAGUUAUUAAAAUAUCCAGAAUGCCGGAUAAGAAGGGUAGUCUUAGUAAGCUUUAACAAUGAAUUUUUUGUGUGUGAAUGUCAACACGUUCUAUCUUUCGGAAUACCAUGUCGACAUGUCUUCGCAGCAAUGAAGUAUAUGAAAGUGCAGGAUAUACCCAAGUCACUUCUAGUAACAAGGUGGACAAAAAAUCCUUAUGGAGAUGAGACAAAGCAUUAUCGUGAAUGUGAGAAUGCGUCAACAGAAGUGCAGGCUCGAUUUGGUAGGAUAACUACGAAAAUGGCUGAAGUUGCAUACAUUAGGGCUAAAACACAAGAAGCUUACCAUGAAACUUCACAAUUGUUGGAGAACAUGAGUAUUAGCUUGCAAAAAUAUGAUAAGGUAGAAAAUAAGAGAGGCAGAGAGGAAGAAAAAAUUAAGCAAAAUGAUAUAACUGUAGAAGACCCACACAUCUCAAAAACAAAAGGAACAGCGAAAAUGCGGGGUUCCAAGGCUGUGAACAAAAGGAAGUGCACAAUUUGCAAGAAAUCAGGACAUAACAAGAGAAUAUGCCCACAAAGAAGGACUAAAAGGGCUGAUGAAGAUGAAUAUUUUGACAACCAAUAUGAUGACGAGACUGAACAAUCUGAUGAUGCAUUAGAGAGUGACAACAGUGAAGAAAGGCAAAGUGACCAAGAAAUGUUUGACCAAAGUCAAAGACAAACCAGUACAUUACCAUUAGAAGAUGACAAUGUUGGCCAUAAACAAUAUACUUAUUCCACUCCUACAUCAAUGGAAACUUGGUCGCAGUGGUGGGGGAGUGCAUAG